AUGUCAGCGUUGGACGACACGGACACGCUCGGACUUAAUCAGCUACGCUGGCGGGUCAAAAGGCUCGAGAGCGGGCAAAAGGAUAAUGACAAGGGCGACGAGCUGGUCGCCGACGGCGGUAAACAGGAGCAGAUCCAGCACCUGGGCGAAAUGGGCUCGGAUAUCAAGAACCCGGAGGGGGGUUCUGGAGUCGAGAGCACCCUCGAGGCUAAGCAAGCAGAGGCCAAAGCUCUGCAGGCCCUGAUCGUUCAGGCGGGACAGCAGCAGGCGCCCCAGGUGCCGGUCAAGACGCCGCAGCAGCACCAGCCGGACAGCCUGGAGAGUGCGCAGUCGCUGGCGGGCUGUCCGCGGCGCCUGCUGACCCCGCUGCUCGCCGCUUGGCUCAGCGGCGUCGACCGCCCGAAGGGCUACGCCGACAAAGCCGCCAGCAUCGGCAACGCGUCGCGCGCGUUCGAGCUGGAGCCCCGCUUCGGCCAGCUCUGCAGCUCAAUGGGGACCAUCUUGAUCAACGAGCUCAAGAAGGUGGGAUUCAGGCAUAACUUGAACAAGCGCGAGUUGGCCACCGAGAUCAAGCUGACUGAGAACCUCAAGCUUAAAGCUCAGUUGGCGAAUGGUUCUGGCCGUAUUAUACCACAUGCUCGGCGUCUUGGUGGGCGGUACGUGUGGAACGACAAUGCGAAUUUGGAGGUCGGCUAUCGCAUCGACGAGCUGAAGAAGGGCUGGCUUAGCAUGGGCAGAUUAUGGUUUGCGAAGGGCGGGGCGCAGGUGGCACACGACACGCACGCAAAGGUUCUCACCAACAAGGAGCUGAUGAAGCGUUGGGGAGUGGUCCCUGCACGAGCGGCUCUGGCGAUGCAACGGGUGCGUUGGCUACAAGACAUGGUACGACAUCCUCUAGCUCAUCAGCAGGUGAUUGCUGCGCUGUGGGGCCAUCUGGAGGACGCCUCGUCCCCCACCGACGUGGAAGGGAAGAUGACGGUGUCCACGAGCCCGUACGCCAGGCAGUUCACGCGAGACCCCAUGUUGCUGGAGGCCAUCAGCGGCACCGAGGAUUUCUUCGAAGAGUGGGUGGUCGUCGGUCGCGCGUGGCAGGAGUGGUGGAGCUGCGAGGAUGUGUCCAAGGCCUUUUUAAAGGUGGACGCGAAGCUACUCGAGGUGCCGCUGAUGAGGGAGGAUCGGCUGUGGGAGAAGCUGGCGCCCAAGGCUCGCGAGACGGAGGAGGCCCAGGGCGAGUACGUGUGUGACUUGCUAGACGUGCAGGGCGCCGUUUGCGGCCUGUGCUUUGACUCGCUGAAGAAGCUGGUGACGCAUAUGACGAAGGCGGCAGAAGGAGCAGCUGGAGAAUGGGACGCAGGCCGCCGCGUCAAGCCCCGCAGCGAGGACGAGGGGGGCAGCAAGGACAAGUGGCUCAAGGGCAACAGCGCGACGAAGAUCCCGGAGCAGACUCACAACGACUCGACGGCGGUGAAGAAGGACGGGCAAAGACACCCCCACAGAAUGCCGUGCAUUUGGGCGCUCGCGGGACUGAUCGAGGCGCUGAAGGAGAGGGGCAGCGAGGUGGGAGGCACGAGCGCGAAGCACAUCGUGGAGAUAUGGGAGCGGUGGCACCAGGUGGUGAUCCAGAGCUGCGUUAAGGUGGGGAUGAGCCGCAAGCAGGGCAAGGCUCCAGCAUCGUUCAUGGAGCGCGAGCUGCAGGAGUACGUGGGCCAGCUGCUGCAGGCAGAGGAGAAGGACGAGAAGGAGGGUAAGAAGCAAAAGGCACUACGGGGCACGAUGGCGCUGGUGGGCGCUGCGGCCAUGCACGUUCAGAUGUUGCAGGAGCUCCGCGGAUCAAAUGGUCAGAGUUACAGGCGCGGCAGUCGGUUCGCGAGGCAGCCAGCGGCGGCGGUGCACCCGCGAUUGGAGAGCGAGUGCGGCAAUGUCCACGUCGCCCGCGCUAUGGCAUCCCAGGCCGCCGGCUUGCGGCAGGCCCAGGGCGCCCCCGCGGCGUUGCUGCGGCGCGCGCGGCGGGGCCGCGGGGGGCGCGGGGCGUACCUGCGGCAGGCAUCGCCGAACCACUGGCGCGCGAGGCGGUUGGUGCUCGCGGCGCUGGGCGCGGCCCUGGCAGGCCUGACGCUGCAGGUGGCCUGCGCGCUCCUGGGGUGGUGGGCCUACCUCGCCGUGGGCCGCGCGGGGAUGCCGGUGGCGGCGGCAGGCCCCGCCCCCUUCGGAGGGGGGGCCUUCGAGAGGGAGAGGGACGAGAGGGUUGGAAGCCGUUGA